CAAGUAACUUAAGUCUCGCACCUUGUUUUUCUGGAUGCAACGCUUGCGUGCAAGAACCUGGCAUGGUGCGAGCGAGCGUCAUCGUGGGUCCGAAAUCCGGAUCCAACUGCAGGGUUCGACGCGAUACAUACGUGAACGACAGUCUCCUCGGAAGAUAGAGCGUUCCUUUCGCGAUGUCGGUUCUCCUCCUCGCCUUCAUCAUCGUCCUGAUCAACUCCCUGAUCACUCUCAUCGGUACCGACACAAUCGCAUCUUACGCGUGGAGCGCGUACUCCCGCUUCAUUCCGGGCCCUCACUCUGGCAAGGUCGCUCAAUACAAGAAGCUUCAGAUCCAAGCCCUGAAGACAAAGACCGAGAUGCAGGGCACAAGCAGUCAAGAUGAGUUUGCCAAAUGGGCCAAACUGAGGAGAAGGUUCGACAAGGAGGUCGCGGAGAUGGAGAAGAUUACCCAGGAUCUCAGUGUGUUCAAGGCUGGGUUUCAGGCAAAGUUCAAGACUGGAAUUUGGGCUGGUACGAAGGGUGUCAGGUACUUUUCUUCGUGGUGGUACGGAAAGCAGGCCGUCUUUUACUUGCCGAAGGGAUGGUUUCCUUACUGGGUUGAGUACGUCUUGUCGUUUCCCAAGGCGCCAAUGGGAGCUGUGAGCUCUACGAUCUGGUUCAUAGCGGCGGAGAGGGUGAUUGGGGAGGUGUUGGAAGUGGUUGCGGGACAGGUUAAGCAGUACACUGCACCAAAGGUGACGAAGGAGAAUGUUGAGGAACCAGAAAAGAAGGUUCCUGUUUCAGCAGGACGUGAGUUGUGAGACUUGUAAUUGAAAGUACGAUAAAGCUUGCGAUGACACACGAUA